AUGCUGCGGCUAUUGCUCCUCCUGCUGCUAUUGCUUUUGGUCUUCAUGAAAAAGUACCGCUCGUUCAAUAUUUGCAAUGUUUCAUCGUCUGUAUGUGUACCACUCAGUGAUCUCAAGCCAAACUGUACAUGCAUUCUGUUAAGCAGUCCGAUAAAUGUGACCAAUGAAACAAAUUUGUACUUCGACUGGAUGAAAAUUCCACUGGAAUUUUUCAAGCUUCAGCAACUUCCCGAUCCACUGAUUGCUCGUCUACAGAAAAGAAUCCCAAAAACUUAUGAAAUCGAUGAAUUUCUGGAUCUUUCACCUGUCCUAUACGGCAAUGUUAUCAUUGACGAGUAUUUCUGGUUCCUUACAGCGCAAGUCUCCGAUGUUGCAAACGUUCUGGAUGCCAUCGCACGAACCGGGGUAUGUUUUUAUUAA